UGUUGUAUAAAUUAUUGUUUUAUUGUGGCAGCAAUUCAGAGGCAUAGCCUGGCUAAAUACUAGAUACUACUCAGGUCUACCCAGGGCUUAGUUUCAUAACGAACUAGCGGAACACAUUGCUAUUUUAAGACUCGAGCAGGAAAUAAGUCCAAUGCAAAUCAAAGUGAAACGAGUAAACCGACUGUGUAUUUAGGUGGCGGGAUAAGUGGCUAACUUAACUAGAUUAGCAGAAUAACUGUUGUGAUAAUAGUUGCGUGCUGAUGUGUCGCACACAAAAUCUAAUUUGAGUAUAUAGACAGGCGUUUACUUAAAUAAGGCAUUCGAUCGUGUCGGUGCAAGGCAUCAUCUAGCAUCAUCAGUUUUUUUUCCUCGUAGACCAUGCCGCCAAAGAAGAGUCUACGCGGUGGACCAGUCAAGUCCAAACAAAGUGACUCACCUGCAAGCUCAGGUAAGGAGCAAGAAGAUGAAGACUUCACUGUGGACGUUGGAAGGAACAAGAGGAAAACUCCUCAAGCAGAGAAAUCUGGGAAGAAGAAGACUGAUACAGGGGCCGCAGCUGAAAAAAAGGUCUACUGUCACUGGCUGAUGAAGUCAGAGCCAGAGAGCCGUUUUGAAAAUGGAGUCGAUAUGAAGUUUGGGAUUGAGGACCUGAAGGCCCUUCCUAAACAAACGGGUUGCUGGGAUGGAGUUCGGAACUACCAGGCUCGCAACUUUAUGAAAGACAUGAAAGUGGGCCAACGAGCAUUCUUUUACCACAGCAACUGCAAAGAGCCUGGAAUCGCAGGGCUAAUGAAGAUUGUCAAGGAGGCCUAUGUGGACCACACCCAGUUUGACAAGAAGGAUGCCCAUUAUGACCCCUCAAGCAAGCCAGAAAACCCCAAAUGGUCAAUGGUGGAUGUGCAGUUUGAGAGAAUGACAAAGCGCUUUAUCCCAUUGGCUGAGCUGAAGAAGUACCACCUCCAGCACAAGGCCAAAGGCGGAGCCCUGAAGGACAUGGCCCUCUUCACCAGAGCCAGGCUGUCUGUGCAGCCCCUGACACGCGAGGAAUUUGAUUUUGUUUUGAGCCUGGAGGAACAAGAUCCAAUUUGAAGAUAGAUCUCCUUUGGUUGUGAUGGUUAUCUCUGAAAUUCGGGCCCACAUAAAUAAGAAUGACAUCAUGAAUGCAAUGACACCAGAAUAAGACUUGUGACUCUGCAUAUGUUCUGCAUAAAACCUUUCUGUUGAACUCUUUCCUAGCUCAGUUAGGCUGUAUCUUGAGUCUUAU